GAAUCACAUUUGUUUGCUGUGAGCUGUGACAACUAGCCGGAUCUCUGAUCUUUGAUAAGUUCAGUGCCAGCGUUCAUAUUUAAAAGCGCUUCUUCAUACUUUCACAAUGGAUUGAACAGUCGAUGUUUCCGAUGGGGUGCUCGUCGUCGAAUUCGGCAAAAGUUGCUGAGCACGAGAAAAACUCAAAAGUGCCAGACAAAUUAAUUGAAGAAAAACAGAGUAAAUUAAAGGCAGAAGAAGAGGUGGCUGCCAGAACACUGAGAGGAGAUUUAUAUCAAAAAGAGUCAGCAAGAAAAGCCAGGGAAAAGAAACUGCAAGAGAAAAGGAAAAAGACAGCAUUUAAUGCAGAGGUGAUGUCGGACCGCGUCAUGGAGGAGAAGGAGAGGUUGUCCUGGGUGUCAUCAAGAUCCAGAGCCACCUCCAGGGCUGGCUCACCUCCCGAGAAAAAGAAGCAUGUUACCUUCCCCGACCAAGUCAAGUUCAGUGGACCGGGGUCUUGCAGAAUUUCCCCACUAGCACAGAGUAUAGAUGUAGAUAAGAAUGUACCAGAUGACAGGAGCGACACCACAGACACUGCAAGUUCAGUCGCUGAUGGUCAGGUGACCUGUAUUAUUCGUGUUGACGACACCACUCAGUCCAGUCAUCAAAUACAGAACACAAAGAAAAGAAACCAAACUCUUUCCGAAAGGACAGAAAAGUUGAAAGAUGAAAAUUCAAAUGAUAGUUUUGUGCAAAUUAAUGGCUCUCUAGGGCAUAAAAAACUACCUCCUAUACUUCGUGGUGAAAUGAAAGAUGGCGCCACUAUACACAGCAAUUACAGACAUGACAAGGUGCUUACACAUUCUGGGCAAAGAAAAGACGCUGAGCAAGAAUUGUCCAACCUUAGCACAGUGGAGGAAUAAUCUUUUCUCAAUUUUGAAUUGUAGAUUAAUAUUUUUCACGUAAGUUGAAGAAAAUGUUGGUUAGACAGUUAUAUUUGUGGCACUUCAUGUACUUUGCAAUCUUUUCACCUUAGACACAAAAACCUUCAGCUUCACUUUUGAAGAAAUCUAUUUAUAAUGAGAAUAACGAUACAUUUAGUUUUAUACUGUCAGCCGGUCUGACAAAUACGUAUUUUUAAAAAGUGAAAGAAUGGUUAAUGGUUAUGUAUGUUAUUUAUGACUGUGUAAUCAGUGUAGAUGCUACAAAUGCCAUCAGUGAUAUGAUCUCUGUAAUUGAAAUUCAAAUGAUGACAACCGGGUUUAGACAUAACAGUUAAUAUUUUACAGAGCUACUGGAUAGACUUAUAUUCUACAUGUUGGGA